AUUCCAUAUAGAAACACAACACUAUUAUUCACUGACCAAAAGAAAGAGAAAACAAAAAAAAAAUAUCAUGAAGAUGACCGCGGUGGUAUGUGUGCUUGCGCUGCUAGCCGGUGUUACCGCUUCUCGCGGCGGCGUUGCGGCGGAGGAAGCCACGGCCAUGUACUACGCUUCCCUUGACGGGCUAGGAGGGCCCACCGGAGCUUGUGGGUACGGAGAAAUCGGGAUAACUUACAACAUGGGCUACGUCGCCGCCGUCUCCGAUCCGAUGUGGAACAACGGCCUCGCCUGCGGCUCUUGCUACCAGGUAACGUGCAACGUGUCGGGCGUGUGCAACAGCGAAGGAGUGCGCGUGGUGGUAACCGACGCCGGCAACGGCGACGGAAGCAACAGUACGGCCUUCGUCCUCAGCCAGCGCGCGUUGCAAGGCAUGGCCGUGCCGGCCAUGGCCUUCCAGCUGACGCAAAUGGGCCCCGUCGGUAUCAGCUACCACAGGGUCCCGUGCGUGUAUGCCGGUGCCGGCGGCAGCCGGAAGCUGGCCGUGAAAGUGACGGACCAGAGCAGGUUCCCGGACUAUUUGUCUGUAGUGGUGCUGUACCAGGCGGGCGAGUACGACUUGCUCCAGGUCAAAGUGUUGGACCGCACGGCUAAUCAGUGGAUCGGCGUGCCCCAUUCUUACGGCGCCGUUUUCGCUUUGGCUGAUCCGCCGACGGCGAGCCCCGUGACGCUGCUGUUGGAGUUCAAGGGUGAAGAAGGAAAGGAGAAGGGCGUGUUUCAUCUGGUGCAUAUUCCGCAGCAUUGGACGCCUGGUGCUGAGUACGACACAAGGGUCUCUCUUUGAAUUUAGUGGGUUGAAAUUUGAAUUUAGGGGAAAUUAAGCAAAUAGCAUGGAAGCCCCUUUUAAUAUUUUGAAUAUUUCUACGUAGCUAAAUUUAUUGUUAUUAUUAUCAUUAUUACUAUCUCAUCGUAUUGAUAUGACUAGCGAUGGAAACCCUAUUAGUUAUUUUGUUUGAUUCGAAAGGAGAAUUUUUUCCAAUUCUAGAAGUUAUGGGUUGCUUUAUUGCGCACAUUUCAUAUAGCAAUUUGUAUAUGUGAUGCAAAUGAGCUUGUGGGUAUAAAAAUCUCCAGAAUGUCAUAGAAUUUUAGUAUGGGACUUCUGGAUCAUGCUCGUGAGUUCCAAAUGAAACAGAAAAUUUUAUGAAAGAGGACGAUAAAACUAAACGCUAGGGACUAGCGUGCUAAUGAGAUGGCUCCUUCUCCAACCGUUGCGGAAAGUCUUUGGAGAAUUUAGCUGGAGAUUUUUGUGGGCCUUUGAUCUUGAAACCUUGUUUUGAGAAUUACAGUUGGGUUGGACUUUGGAGCCAAGAAGACAGCAAAGGCCCAGGCCCAACAAUCACCCCCCAUUAAAGAAAAAGCAUAGAGCAUGGGCACACGUGAAUUGAAAGGAAAUGUCAUGGCGGAAACGGGCGUCGUUUCAUGCGGAAGCCGGCUGUACAAUACAUUCCUGCCGUCGCCCGUCGCAAAUGACUUCGUGACUAAAAAUAUGGAUAACGACGAGGAAGCUUGCUAGUAUUGGCUGGCAGGCUUCGGCCAGAAAUCUGCAGCUGUCUGUGUAGAAGGCAGGCAGGCUACAUGAUGUACGCAUUGCAUACCAAUUAUUGAAUGACCCAAGUUCGCAGGCGUUCUCGCCGUAGUAUUAAUUGGGUAUACCAAAGAAAAUGGAUAUCUCAUUAUUUUGACCUUUUUUUUUAUAAAAUUUGAUUACCAAAAACAAGAAAUUUUUUAGUAAUUUGCUCAUUGCUGUAACGAACUAAACUAUUGGUCUUUUCCUUGACUCGGGUGGAAUAAAAGGAAACCUAGUCUUUGGUCUAGUCAAAAUAUCAACAUGGAAGAUCAUUAUACUAUAAUGAAAGAAUAUAUAGCAU